AUGCAACUAAAAUUCUACAUAGGAACAACACUGCUUACCGCUAUUUUGCUGCAAGUAAAUGAUGUAUGCUCAUUUCAACCCGACUUCGCAGAACCGAUUCUAAACAAUUCUAUAGCUAUUGGAAGAGAUGCAACGUUCACAUGUCAUGUCCGACACUUAGGCGGUUACCGGGUUGGAUGGUUGAAAGCAGACACAAAAGCUAUUCAAGCGAUACACGAACACGUUAUCACGCAUAACUCUAGGGUUACGGUUUCUCACGCUGAUCAAAAUACUUGGAACCUACACAUCAAAUCAGUUACCGAAGAAGAUCGAGGAGGAUAUAUGUGCCAACUAAAUACAGAUCCCAUGAAAAGUCAGAUUGGAUAUCUAGAUGUAGUUAUUCCACCGGACUUCAUCUCAGAAGAUACUUCGUCUGACGUUAUAGUUCCAGAAGGAAGUUCAGUGAAGCUAACAUGCAGAGCAAAAGGUUAUCCGGAACCAAUUGUAACUUGGCGGCGUGAAGAUGGUACGGAUAUCAUUCUCAAAGAUGCCAGUGGAUCUAAACAGCUGGUGACAUCGUACCGAGGAGAGGUAUUGAAACUGACAAAAAUUUCACGUAGUGAGAUGGGUUCGUACUUAUGUAUAGCAUCAAACGGCGUACCUCCUUCAGUAUCCAAAAGAAUAUCGUUAAGUAUACACUUCCACCCAGUAAUCCAAGUACCUAACCAACUGGUAGGAGCUCCACUUGGGACAGAUGUAACAAUUGAGUGCCAGAUAGAAGCAUCGCCGAAGUCAAUCAACUACUGGAUAAAAGACACUGGUGAAAUGAUUGUAUCAUCACCUAAAUAUCAAGUACAGGAUGCUACAAAAUCAUUGUAUGAAGCAAAGAUGUCUUUGACAGUGCGCUCGUUUCAAAAGGAAGACGUUGGUUCCUACCGCUGCAUUGCUAAAAAUUCACUAGGAGAAGUAGAUAGCAGCAUUCGACUGUACGAAAUUCCUGGACGCAGUAGAAAAAUUUACGCCCCCAAAGUGAACCAAAAUGAAGUAAUCAAAGAUGGCAAUAAACAGGGUAAAACGAAGGUGAUGUUUCCUUCCGAUGACGAAGAACAGCAAUAUGGUUCAGCUGAAGAUCUGGAUGACACAUUGGACACGUCAGCUGGUAGCAAUGGUAAUCAAAAUCAACAUGGAAGAUUAGGAUCCUUCAAACAUGCUGGUUCGUCACGAAGUCCACAUGAUCAUCCAAACAGUGUGAAUGGAUUCAGCAUUAACGGAGGAUCGGCAGGAGGAAAUGUACACGGAAACAAACAUAUUCCAGCUAUAGACAUUGUGACGCGUAAACCGUUCGCAAUUCCAACCGUGCGCACUGGGGUUGAUGGACCUGAUGGUAAUCAUGGACCUUCCUACAGUAAUUCAGUUGCUGCAAAGGUGAACAUCUAUUUUUGGUCUUCAUUAUUUGCGCUUAUUACACUUCUAGUGCUCCCUCUAAACAUGCUUAAACUACAUUAA